AUGUUUCGGGUGUCACUCCGGUCUGUAUCAGACCCUUUCCGCGACCAUGUCUGCUUUUCCUGCUUAGCGCGCCGAUUCGCCGCGCCGAUAAAUUUGCGUCGAUUUCACCGCAUCCCUGCGCUGCGGACCCAAUUCGAGAGUGAGAAUGGAAGAAAUAAUGCAAUCAACACGUCGGCCAUUACACCGACGGCUCACCGGGAGCACGAACCGUCUAGUCAGAACGUCCCCGAACAGACCGAGCAAGUCAACGAAUCCAGCGAUCGAGAUCAAUUGAAUACAUCGACAUCAAGCUCAGAGCAGCUUGAACUCGAGAGGGCUGCGGCGAGGCGACAGAAGCGCGCUGCAAAACAACGGGAGAAGCGGCGCUCGAAGGCAAAAGAAGCAAGCGAAGCAGAUUCGAAAACUCGGGAUGACGAAACAGUGGCCAAAAGCAGUUCGCAUUCUGCGAGCAAGCGCAGGGCUGCAAUGUACAAAGUAAAUCAGAUUCUCGAUGAAAAGACACCGAAAAAGAGGGGAUCCAAGGGGAAACUGUCCCAUGUUGCGAACUUCAUAAACGAGAAACACACCGGAACGAUUGACUCGGAGAGCCACCAGCUAAAAGCCUUGGACGUUCCCAUGGCUCCUGUGCCUGGUCUAUCAUUCGGUCUCGAUCGAGUAUUAUUCAACCCCGGUGUUUACCAACUGCGAGACCCUCGGUCCCGUGUCUACAACUUCGACCCUUACCUAGGCCAAAUCAUGCCCGUCACGGAAUUCGACUUCAAUGCCUUGAAGGAGUACAUCACUUCGUCCAAAGACGACACGUUGCGCAAACACGCCAUCCAAGAAAAGAAGAAGUACAGCGGCUCAUCUUCUAGUAUGACUUCUGUACUUUCACAAUUCCACUAUCUCCUCUCUGCCUGGAGAGGCAUCGACACGCGCACACUCUCCCAGGGCUUCCCUGAUAAGCUGCGUACCUUUACUCGCCUUCUUCGGUCACCGGCUGCCAUGUUUCUGCACUACCAGGAUGGAGUCUAUGCCAUCGAUGCAGACAAGGAGUUCGACUCGGCUAAUAUCCUGAUGAAUCUGGGAAAAUCAAUGGAGAAACUGCUUACCAUGCCCAAGGAGGACUUCGAACGCUACCGUCGGUCUAGUGAUAACAAGAUCUCGCCCGAGGAAGAACAGGCGAUUCCCGAAUCAUAUCACUACUCCACCUAUGGAGAUUUCAUUAUGCGGUCCCAAUUGGAUGCCUAUGAUCCUCGCCUCCCUGGAACCGGCAUGUUUGAUCUGAAGACUCGUGCCGUGGUCUCGAUUCGCAUGGACGCGAAGAAUUUCGAGCACGGUCUUGGUUACGAAAUCAAGACCCGUUUUGGCGCCUUCGAGUCAUACGAGCGUGAGUUCUACGACAUGAUUCGCGCCGCUUUCCUCAAGUACUCUCUCCAAGUGCGUAUCGGCCGCAUGGACGGUAUCUUUGUGGCAUUCCACAACAUCGAGCGCAUUUUCGGGUUCCAGUACGUCAGCUUGCCGGAAAUGGACCAGACUCUGCAUGGAACGUCGGAUACUGCGCUAGGUGAUACCGAGUUUGAACUGAGUCUAGGGUUGUGGAAUGAAGUCCUGAACAAAGCAACGGCGAAAUACCCGGAGCAGUCUCUGCGGUUCCACUUCGAGACUCGAGACGCUGUGACGCCAUUCAUGUACAUUUUUGUCGAGCCCGUUACGAAGGAGGACAUUAGCGCCAUCCAAAACUCGAAGAAGGCCGAGAUCGAUGCGUACCAGCAGCGCCUUCUCAAUCUCAAACCAAGCGAGGAUGACAGUGAUCUUGAUUCCCCUCAAGUUGAAGAUGCAGCAGAAGCAUCUGCUGCCGAGUCUUCUGCUGAGGCUGAGGCGGAGGCGGAGGCUGAGCCAAAGGGAGAACUCCUCGCCAUGGCCUUGACCAUUCGGAACAAGAUCAACGGCGAAUACGUCGACCGACCCACGGAAGAUUUCAAGACUGGCGAUAAGUGGAACGUUGAGUACGAGUUAAGUGAGCUGUCGCCCGCACAAGGUCAUGUUCUAUACAAGAUGUGCAAGACUCGCCGGAUGAAGAGUCUUGAAGGCCGAGGGGAGGAUGAGCUCGAGGUUGCAAGUAACGUGUACAUCCGCCGGCUGCGGCAGAUCAGCAAGGAGGGACGCAAGCACCGUGAGCGUGAAAACGAGAUUGAUAAGGAAGAGGGCAUUAUUGUCUUGGAAGAUGGCGUGAAGGAAGGCGGUGGGAACUGA